AUUUAAUCGUUGCAUCGAAGGAGUGUGAAAGUCGUGGUCUUGCUUGCGUUUAUUGCAUCUGUAAUUUUCAAUCCCACUAUUAAUCUCUUUGGUGUUUACUUUCUUUCUUGAAGGGCAAUGCUGUGCCUCCCUUGAAUCAGCAUUCCAUCACUCAACUCACCAGCGGAUUACUGCUUCGGUUAAGAAGCAGGUAUGCGGCCAAUUGAAGUCAAGACUGCUCUAUUUUCUUUAGUAUUCGCAUUCUUCUGUACGAAGCGGACCUAGUGAUGUCAAGCCAUUCAUCUCUCCGACGCAUUCAGACGGAUUUCCCAGCCCAAACAUCGAGUCCACUCCGCCAUGGCUCGACCGCAUCCACAAAUUCGUCUAUCUACUCAAUGUCGACCAACUCAUUAGCUCCCAGUCGCACGAGCACCGUGUCUUCCACUGGAUCCGUGGGCCCCACCUCCAGCAUUAGCCAUAAGCGAGGAAAGAGUGAAAUAAACACCAUGAGCGCUGACAAAUUGAAGUCUGAUCCGAGUUGCUGGCCAAACGCGGGAACAACGUAUGAGAGCGUUCGACGGUCAUUGCGACCUCUCUCACAAGCGCCCAAUGCUUCUCCUCCCGCUGUUAAGCAAGUGACCUACGGCCAUGCGAGGAGCCGGACGAUAGAUAAUCCUCAAUACUGGAAGGAGAACCGUCCUCAAACACCCGAGCGCCGGAACGGGUAUCAUGCAGACUUCGGACCAUUGAAGGAGAAGGACUCGCAAGAUGCGUUUGCACCUCCAUCACCCAAUUCGCCUCAAAAUUUCAAUUCUCAUGCUGUUUCACCUCAAACGCGGCCCCAGAGCAGGGCGCAUCAUUCGCAUAGCUUGUCCACCCCACAGGCACCUCCAUUGACCACCACACUUUCCACUCCUGAGUUGGAGACCUUUCAAAAAUCAUCGACUGGACAUCUGCGCACAUUGUCUAAAUUUGCGCAAUCAGGUGAAACAGAGGAGUUCACCAUGGUCAGCCCCUCUGUAGUAGGCCUGCAGGGGCGACGACGAUUGAAGCGUGCUGAUACAAUGGCGGGUACCGGCGACAUCAAUGUUAGCCGAAGAAAAAACGCAUCGUCGUGGGCAGCCGGCAAUUGGAUGGACAAGCAACGGCAGUUCUUGCAAGCUUAUGAAUAUCUGUGCCAUAUUGGAGAAGCCAAAGAAUGGAUUGAAGAAAUCAUCCACAAACAAAUUCCGCCAAUCGUUCAACUAGAAGAAGCUCUCCGAGAUGGUGUCACGCUCGCAGAGGUGGUCCAGGCAAUGUAUCCAAAUCGCACACUUCGAAUUUUCAGAAACCACAAGCUUCAGUAUCGGCAUUCAGAUAAUAUAGCCUUGUUCUUCCGAUUUCUAGAUGAAGUUGAACUACCGGAGCUUUUCAGGUUCGAACUAAUAGACCUGUAUGAAAAGAAGAACAUCCCCAAGGUCAUUCACUGUGUUCACGCACUAUCAUGGCUGCUGUUCAAAAAGGGCCUCGUCGACUUUCGGAUGGGCAACCUCGUUGGUCAGCUGGAGUUCGAGCACCAUGAGCUUGAACAGACACAAAAAGGGCUUGACAAGGCGGGGGUCAGCAUGCCUAGUUUCACGGGCAUGGCCGCGAAUUUUGGCGCAGAGCCAGAACCUGAGCCCGAGCCCGAGCCUGAAUCUGAGGAGGAUCGAAUUGAGCGAGAGCUACAUGAAAAUGAAGCUUUGAUCGCCGAAUUCCAAGCUCAGAUCAAAGGCGCCAUGAUGCGACUGAAGCUGGGAAACCUGAUGAAUGACCUGUGGGAUUCUGAGCAUUUCCUAAUCGAUCUGCAAUCGAGAAUACGUGGAGACUGGGCCCGUCAGAUUGUCCAAUAUCGCUUGGACAUGCGAGCGUUCGCAGUAAAUCUACAAGCAAUCUGCCGAGGUUUCAUUGUGCGAUCUCGCCAGAAGGGUGACAUGGAAACUUACCAGGCCCAGGAACACGGUAUUUUGCAGAUCCAGACACUGAUAAGAGCCUCCAAGGCGAGAGCGCAAGUGAACUAUCUUAGGAGCAAAAUGAGGAAAGAAGAAUCAGGUAUUAAAGAGAUACAGGCCGCCAUAAGGGGUGCCUUGCAACGUAAGGUUAUCAGUACUCUAUAUUACGAUACAAGGGAAGCAGAUGAUCAAGUUCAACUGUUACAGGCUGCCAUCAGAGGCGCCUUGCAACGAAAGGUCGUCGGCGCUCUCUAUUGCGAUUUAAUGGAUGCGGAGGAUCAGGUUCGACUGUUACAGGCUGCCUUCCGGGGUGCGCUACAACGGAGCAAAGUUUCCAAGCAAUGCGAAGAGACCCGAUCUGCUGAAGAUAACAUCAGAGAACUCCAGUCCCUCAUUCGAGGCUCAUUCAUCCGACAGCAAAUGAAUGCUCAAUAUACCGAGAUCAACAAUUUCCGAGGAAAUACGGAUUUGCUGCAGGCAGCGAUUCGAGGCUUGCAGACUCGCAAAUCUAUAGCUCAAGUGAAAGAUAUGCUUGCUCAACAAACCCCUUCAAUUAUAGCAAUCCAAUCAGGAGCAAGAGCUUUGGCGGUCAGAAACCACCUGUCAUGGCUUGCAGAAGCCCUUGGAGGGGCAGAUGAUCAACAUGUCGCUCUACAAGCUAUGAUUCGUGGUAACGUCGCGAGGAAUGAGCUCGAGUCUCUUCGUGAGGCAUUGACGGAGCGCGUACCAAUAUUUAUCAGUCUUCAGAGCAUACUCCGAGCGAGAGCUGUUCGGUCCUUCUUGAGCUCUCAAGAAAAAUCUCUCAGGAAUGAGGAAGCAUCGAUUCUCGAAUUGCAAUCAAUGGCAAGGGGUUCCCUGACUAGGACGUGCUUGGAAGUUGAUGCUGAGGCACUGCAAGCAGAGGAACUAACAAUCAUUGAUCUGCAGGCCCUCGCUCGAGCUGCAGUGCUGAGGAUUGAAGUUGGUGGUAUACUCGAGGAGCUCGAUGAGUGUGAAGAUGAAGUCAGUCGGCUACAAGCGCACAUCCGAGCCAUGCUUGUCCGUGUAGAUGUCGGACAAACCUUAGCCGAUCUUGCUGCUGAGGAGGACGUCAUUACUGAUCUCCAGUCACACAUACGGGGAUAUAUCGUACGAUCAAAAUUCGAGGAGAAGCGUCGAUACUACCGGCAGAACAUGGACAAAGUCAUCAAAGCCCAGAGUUUCGUGCGGGGUAGGAUUCAGGGCCAGGCAUACAAGAGCCUCACAAGUGGAAAGAAUCCUCCAGUUGGAACAGUUAAAGGGUUCGUCCAUCUGCUCAACGAUAGCGAGUUCGAUUUCGACGAAGAAAUUGAGUUCGAGCGGACAAGAAAACUAGUUGUUCAGCAAGUUCGUCAAAACGAGCUUGCAGAACAAUAUAUCAGCCAGCUUGAUAUUAAGAUUGCUCUCUUGGUGAAAAACAAGAUUACACUGGACGAAGUUGUGAAGCACCAGAAGCACUUCGGUGGCCAUGUUGGAAGCCUGUUGCCGAACAGGGAAAUUUCUUCGAAGGACCCCUUCGAUCUAAAAGCCUUGAACAAAACCUCGAGGAGGAAGCUCGAGCAGUAUCAAGUCUUCUUCUUCCUUCUCCAGACGCAGUCUCAGUACCUUUCCAAGCUUUUCCGAAGGCUACGUGAACUCAAUACAUCGGAGAAGGAGUAUGAGAGGAUUCGGCACCUGAUGAUGGGGCUGUUCGGGUACUCUCAAAAGAGGCGCGAAGAGUACUACCUAAUUAAGCUGUUGGCUCGCUCUGCACGGGAAGAAAUUGAGAGUUUUGACUCCCUCCACGAUUAUUUACGCUGCAAUUCUUUCUGGACCAAGCUCUUCGCCUCUUACAUGAAGUCUCCCCGUGACAGAAAGUUCAUGCGCGACGUAUUGGGUACUGUUGUAAAAGACAAUGUCAUUGACAGCCCAGACCUAGAUUUGGAAAGUGACCCCAUACAGAUCUAUCGCUCAGCCGUUAACAACGAAGAGCUCCGCACUGGUAAACGAAGCCGUCGGCGUUUGGACAUCCCGCGCGAAGAAGCGAUCAGAGACCCCGAAACAAGAGCAACUUUCAUCCAACAUCUCCAGGAUCUCCGUGACAUCGCUGAUCAGUUCUUCGCGGCGUUUGAGGAACUUCUAUACCGAAUGCCGUUUGGAAUUCGGUAUAUCGCGAAGGAGAUGUACGAAUGUCUCCUUUCCCGGUUUGCUGGAGAUGAUCCAGGAUUUAUUCUACAAACAGCCGGGCAUUGGGUGUGGAAGAAUUACUUCCAGCCUGCGCUUAUUGAACCCGAAAAGCAUGGAGUUGUUGAUCGAGGGUUAACCCAGGAACAGAAGCGAAACCUUUCGGAGAUCGCGAAAGUGAUUUCUCAAGUGGCAUCUGGAAGACUUUUUGGGGCUGAAAAUGUUUACCUUCAGCCGUUGAACAGCUACAUCGGAGAUUCGAUCCAACGCCUUGGCCAUAUUUGGGGCAGCAUGAUCUCCGUACAAGAUGCUGAAGCGUAUUUUGAUAUCGAUGAAUUCAAUGAUCUCUACGCUAAAACGAAACCAACACUGUACAUCAAGUUAUCUGAUAUCUUCUCCAUUCAUCAACUUGUGGCAUCGGAAAUUCAUUAUAUCUGUGCGAACCCAGAUGACAUUCUCAAGGAGGUCAUUCGUGACCUUGGCAAUGUCAAAUCCAACGAAAAUGAACUGAUGAGCGUAAAUUCCUCUGAAAUCAGCCUCACUCUGAAUCCCAAGCUUGCACAAGUUGAAGAUCCGGAAGCUGAUGUGAAGGCGUUGUUCAUGGAAACAAAACGAUGCAUCCUUUAUAUCAUUCGCGUUCAGUCAGGCGCUAACCUGAUGGAGAUCAUGGUCAAGCCCCCGACUGAGGAGGACGAAGAAAAGUGGAUGACUUUGGUUCGGGACGAGUUGAGCGCCAAUAAUACGAGACGAAGCGCGUACUCCGAGGCAAACACAUUGGUGGAUAUUGCGUCCAUGUCUUAUUCGGAGCUGAAGCGGACUGCACUUGAAAAUAUUAUUCGGCUUGAGCUUACUGGGAAGAUCCGCCGUGACAAUCACUACCAGGAUCUUCUCAAUGCCAUUGCCAUCGAUAUUCGAACCAAGCACCGUCGCAGGAUUCAGCGAGAGAGAGAACUAGAGAGUGCUCGUUCAACAUUGGCCCGUCUCAAUGACCAGGCCGCCUGGUUGGAGCAGCAGUUCAAGACAUACAACGAUUACAUUGAGCAGGCAAUGGUGACAUUGCAGAACAAGAAAGGCAAGAAGAGGUUUCUCAUGCCAUUUACGAAGCAGUGGGAUCACCAGCGCGAGCUUCAGAAAUCUGGGAAGGUGUUCAAGUUUGGUUCCUACAAAUACUCGGCUCGCAACCUAGCAGACAAGGGCGUCUUAGUCCACUGGAAGGGCUACAACGAACGUCAAUGGGAUCGGGUCGACCUGACGAUUUCCAGCAAUGAAGUCGGCGUGUUUACUAUUGAUGGCAGCAGUGGUCCAAUGAUGGUACCUGGAGCCAAUGCACAGGUGCCGUUGGAUGACUUGCUGCAGGCACAAUUCAACAAUAUGCAGUUCUUGGACUUCUUCGACGGACAUUUACGAGUCAAUGUCAACCUUUUCCUGCAUUUGAUCAUGAGGAAGUUCUAUAACGAAUGAUGCUCCAGCGCGAUAGGACUCCUCUCCCUUCUCUUCUCUUCUCUUUUCUUCACUCUUCUUCUCCAUACCCCAUUUUUCUUUCCUACUCUCCUAGUUUCAUCUAUGAUAUCCCUUUCCUAUUUAUGAUAUGCCACGCAUGAAAAGAAAAGACAUAUCCGGCAUGACGUAUAUAGACAGCGCACCAUGCAGGAUUCCAAGCCAAUGGUCUCUGAGUUAUGUUAUUCCUUUGAUGACAACCUGUUAUUUGUUGUUGUUGCUGUUGUUAUCUGAGAUGAUUACCCCAUGUUAUGAUGAUUAUGCGGACGAUUUUAUGUAUGUAUUUGAGUAGUGUUUAGUACAUGACGAUAU